UGUCAACUUCAUUUCCUCCUUACAUGAGCUUGCUUGUAAAGCAAUAUUAGGGAUAGUUGACAGCAGGCGAGCAAACGCAAGUGGUGAAGGAGCACAUAGAUCUAUACUUGUGGUGUUUUUUUUUUUCUUCUUCUCAGAAAGUGAGACAUUUAGAGAAGUCAUGAUACACAGUGACAUAUCUGAAAUUGAUUUUAUUGUUAUUUCAGUUUAAUUGUUUAAGAACAUUUUUGGUAAUAUCCCUAAGGAGUUUCAGAGGAGCGUGUGAAAAUUGACCUGUGCGGCUGGAUGGUUGGCUGAGCUGUGGGGAAACAUCUGGUGCACAUUUAAAUCGAAGUAUCCCUUCCUCGCCACCUCAGGCCAUUUUACCAUUAAUCCUAACAUCCCAGUUGGAGUGUGAUCUGGUGGGAUGGCAGAGGGCGGUGUGGGUACAUGCCCCCAGGUGUUUGUGGUGGACAGCCAAGCCAACUACGUCUCUGUGCACAGUGGGAAGAAACCAAGAUGGGCGAGAGUUGGCCAAAGGUUUCUUCUUCUGAUGGUGGGACUUGCCCUGUUUGGACUUGUUAUCGAGGGAUGUUUUAUCUACAGUCUAUACAAAAAAACGCAGGAAUUUUCCCUCUGUAAGUCUCAUCCUCUCUGCCAGAACAUGUCCAAUUCCCAAACAUCUGGUCAGCAGGGUGGCACCAUAAUGAGUCAAGUUGGACCUAAUGAGUCCAAUGAGAUUCCCACAGUGCGACCACAUCUGGAACAGGUCCAACAGAGACCCUUUGCUCAACUGAUAGGCUCCAACAAUCCUAAAGGGCCGAACAAUGUGGUACAGUGGGAACAUAAAAAUGGCGAAACCAUCACCUACAAAAUGGGUUACGAAAAUGGCCGGUUGUUGGUUGAGAAGGAUGGUUACUACUACCUCUACUCCAAAGUGACAUUAGAUGCCGCAGAAGAGUGUUUGCUUAUCCAGCACAUGGUCAUGAAAGACACCACUGCCUAUGAUGAAUCUAUAGAACUUAUGAAAUCAAAAAGUUUCCGCUGCCGGACCCAGAAACCUUCGACUGCAAAGGCUUCAGGUGGGGAAGAUCUGUGGAACAGUUUCCUGGCUGGGAUCUUCCACCUGCGGAGCGGAGAUAAAAUUUUUGUCACAUUGAAGAAUAUAGAUAAGAUUCGUCAAGGACCUGCUGAAAACCUCAUGGGAGCCUUUAUGAUAUUUCCAGGCAAUAUGCAGCAAUAAUACCUUUGUA